GUCGUCAGCAGCAGCAUCAACAGUAGCAGCAGCUGUAGCUGUAGCUGUGUGUGUGUGUGUGUGGGGGCCCAACGCUUGCCUGCCCUUCCCCGUACAGCACCCACCCCGCGCUGAACAACGCGUAUCAUCCACAUGGUCGUUAUGCAUUAACAUUGCUCGCCAAGCGGAUAUUUCACGGCAUCUGCUUGCCCUAGACUGGGGCUUGUGUGUGUGUGUGUUUUUGUUCUUUUGAUUUCUAGACCGAACCUCGGACUGUCAUUACCGCUAUAUUUCAUAUAUUUUUUUAUUUGGGGGGUGGGGGUGGUGGGGGGGGGUUAAAGUAAUUAUUUUCACCGCUGCUUUCGGAAUCGUUCUCAACAGCGAAGACACCGUGAAGAUAACGCCAGCAGCAGCAGCCCAGGCACUACCAGACGGUGUCAACCGGAGGACGUCAGCCCGUCGCUCUCGAGCUCAGCAGGAAGAGACCCCUGGUCACACGGAGGCCCCCAAGACAGAUCCGAUAGACAGGGCGAGAGGACCGGGUUGGGGGUGGUGGGGGGGGCCGAGGUUGGGUGGGAGCCCGCGGUGGGGGGGGGGGGUCCCAAGCGCUCGACGUCCUCAUUGAGCUCGUCGACUGCACCUCGUCGACUGCACCUCGUCGUCCGCCCCUCGUCAUCCGCCCCUCGUCGACUGCACCGUCCACCUCGCGAGAGGAGGAUGCGAAACACGGUCCCCAUGGACCCGCGGCAGGUGAUCAAGGAGGGCGAGCUGGAAAAGCGCAGCGACAACUUCUUGCAGCUGUGGAAGAAGAAGCUUUGUGUCCUCACCCCGGAGGGCCUCAGCAUCUCUGACGCCGAGGAGGGGUUCAUGAGGCCCCGGCGUGGCGGUGGUGGUACAGCUGGCGCUGGUGGAGCUGUCGCGGGUGCUGGUGCUGGUGGUGCUGGUGGUGUUGGUGGUGGUGGCUCGGCCAAGGAGCUGCCCUUCGCCAGCAUCAAGACGCUGGACUGUGUGGAACGCAAGGGCAAGUACGUGUACUUCACCAUCGUGACGGCCGAGAAUAAGGAGAUCGAUUUCCGCUGCCUGGACGAGACGGGGUGGAACGCGCAGAUCACUCUGGCGCUGGUGCAGUUCAAGAACCAGCAGGCGGUGCGGGAGGCGAGGGCACGGCAGCAGCAGCAGCAACAGCAGCAGCAUCUGCCACAGUCCGUGCGCAAUUGACAACCCGUCCGCGUUUAUAAAGUGUGCCACUUGGAGCCUGCGAUCGAGUCCCAGAGGCUGCAAGCAGAUUGGAAGCGAGUCACCGGCUUCCCCUACCCCCACCUCUGCCAAGCACAAAGCAGCGACCCUCCCCUCCUUUUUGCCGAUCUUUCGCAGCCAGCUUUUUUUUGUAGAUAGCCCGCAGUUCCCGAACAAGUUGCUACGGUACCGCGCCGCAUGCGUGCACACGGCGCAACGCGCUCACACCGCACCUCCCGCGCGUGUAUCGGCGACGGCGCGAGAGCGGGCACGUGUCAGUCGCGUGUGGUUGCUAAUCUGCCUGCCAUGCAAAUGCCCGGGAGCGGGCCCAUCCCCCCCCACCACCACCCCCCCCAAGUAGUUGGACAAGAAACGGCAAUUUUUUUUGCUUGACGUGGCAUGGCGACGGGCUCCCUCGCAGUCGGGGAAGAGAUGACGGGACUUUUGCCGAUUGGGAUCUGCGCGCGAAUCUUCAUGCCGAGGAAUGUCAUCGUCGUCGUCGUCCGGAGGAGGAGGAGUUGUCGGGGGGGGAGGAAGAAAGAGAAACAGUGUUACCUGCUGUAGUGUAUAAUUAUAUUGUACGUUUGUGAUUCACCACGUUUUAAGUGGAGAUGUGAUUCAUGCUUCUUCUUUUGUUGUUGUUAUUGUUGUUGAUGAUUCUUCUUUCCUGUCCAUUAGAACUUGCACCUAGUGAAUGGGCAGUGUUGUGUGGAUCAAACCGAUUGUUGGUUGUUGAGAGCUCUUGUGUCUGCAUUGCUCCACUGUUAAUAUUAUUUACAUCAAUAAAAAAUAACAUACAA